AUGAUAAAAACUCCUCCCUCUGCAUCGCUGCGGGUCAGGCGCAAAAAUGGUCGUCAGAUCAGGAAGCAUUUUGGCCUGAGCAGAGCCAACGGUCAGGACUCGGAGGGAUCGCUGUGGAAGAUGCAGUCUGGCCAACGUGACGCUCGUUUCACCAAAAUACCUGCAACUGUCAUCCAAUGGCAGGAAAUCACUGCAUACCUGCGUCUUUUUGAUGAUGAUCUCAUCCAGCAGUUCCUCAGGAUGGACUGUUGCUACAAAAUGACUGACAAGUAUCUUUUAGCCAUGACCUUUGUGUACUUCAAACGGGCCAAUUUCUCUAUUUCUGAAUACACCAGGAAGAAUUUUUUCAUGGCACUCUACCUCGCCAACACCAUGGAGGAGGAUGAGGAGGAAAGCAAGUAUGAAAUUUUCCCUUGGGCUCUGGGCAAGAACUGGAGGAGGCAGUUUCCACGUUUCCUUAAGCAGCGCGACGAGCUGUGGGCUCGUAUCUGUUACAGAGCUGCUGUCAGUAGGAGCUGCUGUGAGGAGGUGAUGGCCAUCGUGCCUUCCCACAUUGUGUGGCAGCGGCAGCGCUCCGUUCACCACAGCGGCGCCCUGAGGCAGUAUACCGCACAAGGAGCCGUCCGUCUUCCACGCGGCCCCUCCGCCUCCCCGCUUUCCUGCGCCCUCUGUAUCUCUGGCAGCAGGUUACAUCACAUCUCCUCCAGCCGCCCGGCUGCACAGACCACGAGCAACAGCAGCCUGAACCCGUUCGCUCCUGCCUUUACGUUUGAGCUGACACCACCCAGAACCGCUAAAGCAGAGGAGAAGAAAACUGGGGCUCAAGAAUCGUGUAGCUUCUACGCUGAAGAGCUUCCAAGGGCGGCUUCAUCCAGUGAUCCCUUUAUAGACUGGAUCAGCGAGAUGUAGAUGGAAUCCAAACCCUGCUGGUUCAUCCUGUUCCUUUCUACAGACGCUGCCGUUCUUUGCAGUAAUCUUUAUUCUUUAUAUCUCUGAAUCUUCUGCUUAUUGAUGAUCUAAAGGAAACACACUGACUUCCACACAAGUUAAUAUGAAAUGAGUUGUUGGUGUUUAUGAGCAUAUUCUGUAAAGAUUGUUUCUAUUUAUUUACAGUAUUUAUUUAACUUAUUAGUA